GUUGGCGUCUGACGAGCAUUCAUCUCUGGAACCUGCACUGUAACAGGGCCCAUGAAGAAGUAAAACAGCCCAGCCAUGAGCAAUAACAAAACCCCUGACCUCCAGCCCUUCGGUCCCAGAGCUGGCCUACCGUACAUGCUGAUCCCCUUCCUGGGUCUCACCCUGUUGGGGUUACUGAUAGCACUGGGAGCUUACAUAAGAAGGCGGCAAAGGAUUGAUGAGCUACGUCACAAGCUGAUCCCUCUGUAUAGCUAUGACCCCACCGAGCAGGAUCUGGACAGUGAGGAGGACAGCGGUGACGAAGAUGAUGAGCUAACGCAACCUCUUCGGGACAGAGACAGGGACUUCAACGGGCAACUGUCCUUCGGCUACAACUUGGACCACUGAGCCAAACCAGCAGUGGAGGAGAGUGACGUCACUGUGUCUGGCAUCCUGAUAGAUUCCCCACUCUGGCUCCUUCAGUUUAGCCAGCAAAAUAAAUUCCUCCCUCUCCACCACAGUUUAGAUGCAUAAGGGCUGCCACCAUGGCAUCACCCAGGUGGUGUCAUGCAAUGUGAGGAUUGAGGUCCAUCACCCCCACCUCAUUGUAAACACUUUUUUUUCUUAAAUUUGGAAUGCCCAAUGAUUUUCUUUCCCUUUUUCUCCCAAUUUUGAAUGCCCAAUUAUGUCCUCAGAUGUCACCCCUAUUGCCGCAACCCCUACUGUAAAUGUGGAAGGGUGCGAACGAACGUGAUUUCCUCUGAAACACGUGAUGUCAGCCACCACGUCUUUACACACGGCUGCUCCCGUGUUAAGCUUGCGCAAACCUGAGUCAGAGGAUGACACUUCCUGCGCAGCUUUAUGUGGGGAGAACUGCAGGAGCCAGAUCGACCAGCAGGGGUCGCUGAUGAGCAGCGAAGCCAACUAAGCACCUGGCUCAUCAACCUCCCUUGUAUCUCCCUUACAACGAAGCGAAUUUGUUCCACUGCUGUUGACUCCCAGUCAUUGUCGGCAGCUGACACGGUUGGGAUUGAACCCGGGCUGUAGUGCGCCCCUUUCUGUUUGUGCCUAUUUGAGCCAUUCAGGACUCCCCUGAUCGCAGACAAUUUGAGAUUCAUCUGAAUGGAUCAAAGGGGUUGCAUCAAUGUAAUCCAUCACUGGCUGGUGCUGUCUCAACAGAGAAGACACAUAGCACGGCUAUGGACAGUUACUGCCGGGAGAGGGAAGUAAAGCUCCACUGGAUGGAGCUGCCAUCUUGGACAAGAACAGGAGCCAUGAGUUUCAGAAAGCAUUGUAUUUAUUUCCCCCAU